AUGUCGGCCCUGCAGACCUUCCUGUUGGUGGUGGACCACGACAAAGAAGAAGCCAAGCGUAUCGCCGACGGCGUCGCUCAAGAUGUCGAAAGCAAAAGGAUUACCCUGAUAGAGAUUGUUCAGCAACUCGGCGAAUAUAUCAACGAUGAAGAUCCAAUUCUGCGCGGAAAGGCUGUCUCCUUCCUCACCUCGGUCAUUCAGGCGUUGUCGCCGAAGUUCCUGUCCCGACAACAGAUCCAGGUUCUCACGACCUUCUUCUGUGAUCGCAUUGAGGAUGGUGGUGCUGUUGCGGGACUGGAUACACUUCAGAGGCUGGAUCGGUUCAACAAGGGUUUGGCUGCUGAGGUAGCGCAAGCCCUGUUCUCCAAUUUCCAGGACCUACAGUCUCGAUCCCAGUCGCAGCGGUUUCAAGUUUACCAAUUGCUCAAUGAGUUGAUGUCAACACAUCGUGUGGCAUUGCGCGAUAUGGAUGAGAUUUCUCUCGUUGGUAUUGUUGAUCUCAUGACUGGUGAAAAGGACCCGCGCAAUUUGAUGAUGGUGUUCUCAAUCCUGAAGGUGGUUAUGAUGGAAUGGGACAUUACAAAUCACGUCGAGUUGCUUUUUGAUUCCGUAUAUAAUUACUUCCCAAUCACAUUCCGGCCUCCACCGAACGACCCAUACGGAAUUACCGCCCAGGACUUGAAGGGCCGCCUACAGGAUUGCAUCUCUUCUACUCCCCAAUUCGCACCUCGUUCUAUCCCAGCACUACUUGAUAAGUUGGACUCUACAUCUCCGAAUGUCAAGAAAGAUGCACUGAACGCUUUGAUUGCAUGCAUCCACUCAUAUGAUCCCGACACGGUGUCGCGAUAUUCCAUCACAAUUUGGGAGGUUCUGAAGUUUGAGAUUCUCAAUGCUCAAGAAGAAUUCUUGUCCGAGUUGUCCCUGCAGGCCCUUCAGGCCAUCGCACGGCGUCUUUCGGAAGGAGUCACCCAGGUGUCUCAAGACCUGCCUCUUGCGCAAUAUCUGCGCCCUAUUACCAAGGAGUGCAAUGAGCAAUUACAAGAACCCCAGCAGAAGCAGGCCAAACCUGCACAGCAGAUUCUGAACUCCUUGUCAUCUGCCUCGGUGGUUGCGUUUACCCUCGUUGUUAAAACUGUUGUUGCUCCUAUCUUCACAAUUUAUCAAGAAGCAGAUGGAAUCGCCAAGCAAAGAGCUCUUCUUGAAACAUUGUCGGUGCUCUUCGAGUCUGCGAUCCAAGUGUAUGGCCAAUGGACAACGCGUGGAGGUGAAGUUGCCUUUGAAAACCCAUUACUCGAAUUCAAGGAUCAGUUCUCGGACGUCCUGGGCCAAGCAUUGAUGGGUGCCGCGAAGGAAGAAGUUUUUUUCCGAGUGACUGCUUUGAAGGGGUUCCUUCAUCUUGCUACCCUGCGUGGUUUCUUCCAGGAUAACGAAAUCGGCUUGUUUGUGCAGUAUCUGGAUGAAAUUCUGCUCAAGGAGGAGUCUGUCGGUCGAGAUGACUUGAAGAAGGAAGCAAUUGCGGCACUUGCUGAAAUAUCUAAGCACAAGCCUCGGUUGAUCAUGGACAUUACCUUCCCUGCGUUUGUGGCGACACUUCCAGAUGAGGACGAUGGCACGAACUCGACUUAUUUGUCCACACUGGAUACCCUGGCUCAAAUCAGCGUUGAGAGGGAUAUCUUUGAAACUCUGUUCCGCCGUCUAUUUAGCAAGCUGACCAUACUCCUCCAGAUGGAGCAACCUGGUGCUGUGGCGUAUCCUCGAGCCAUUCUGAUGACAAUACUCUAUGUUAUGCAACAGAGGAAGAUGGAUGCCGAUCCCAGCGUCGAUCUGUACUUUGACAAGAUCGUGGUAGGCCUCUGCCGCAUCGUCUCCGAGUCGGCAUCCGGCAAGGGCAAGAACCAGAUUCUUAACGAUGCCACCAUCCUCGACACUCUUGGCCGCCUCUACAACCUGCUGGUACGGUCAGUUUCUAUUCAAAAGCAGGAACAGGUAGCAGAGAAUGUCUACAAGCUCUUCUCUGCGACUGAAGAUUUCCAGCCUGUUCCUUUCGCGCAAGGCGCAACCGCCCAUCAAGAGCGGACUAUCAUCAUCUCAACUUAUCUUCUCGCGGGCCUUUCCAAGGACUGCAGCAACCACAUUCCUCAUACUUCACCUGACAUGUCGGGCCUUCUAUCAGAUCUGGUGCAACGUUGUGUAUCUGAAAGUGCAGAGCCGGCUACGCACCUCGCCUUUCUGCGCCAUCUAGCUCUGCUUGUCAACAAGUUCCUGUCAAAACAAGAUCUGAACAUUGCGGAGAAUCUGUUUGAUUCUCUAGUCUCGUCAGAGAAACGGCCUCUCAGCCCAACUACAAUUCGUACCAUUUUCUGGCUGUCCAAAGCCCUAGUUCUCCGGCUCGCUCCGACAACCGCCCAUAUUCUCACCUCGCUUGUAGGACUCCUCUCAUCACCCGACCAGCAAACCAGCUGCUCUACUGCUCGCGGUUUCGCUAUCCUUCUCAGCGACGACGAUGUCCUUUCUGCAACUAACGGAGCCUCGAUCCGCCUGCUGUCCAAGCAGCGUGUCUUCACAACCGUCAUCCCGAUGAUCUCUUCACGUAUUCGUGAAGUUAACGUUGCCGGAAAUGAUGUUUCCACUGAUUCCUCGAAAGCUUCAGACCACAUCAAGCCAGCCCAUCUAACGGCUCUUGCCGGCAUUCUCUCCACCAUCUCUACGGCUCUGGUCAUGCCUGAACUUCCUACCCUACUCCCCCUCCUCCUCCAGUCCCUUGAUCUCCAAACAUCUGACUCUGUCGCUGUCCGUGCGGCCACGCUUGAUACCCUCGCUGUGAUUAUCCGCGACAAUGGUGUCAAUGUGAUUGAUAAGUGCGGACACGUCCACAGCCUCGUCGUAAGACUGCUCAAGACUACGGAGAUCAAUGCGGAUAUUGUCAACCCACCUCGUCUCCGUGUCGAUGCUCUUAAGUGCCUUUACCUCCUCGCUGCUAAGCAGACAUCCGGCGAUGCGGCACCAAACACCCACCCGCCGCCUUCUAUUUCUCCACUUCUCUCGGAGAAGAGCCAAGUCUUGCGCUCUCUGCGCUCUGUCUUGGACGAUCCUAAGCGAGACGUGCGAAAGGCAGCGGUCGAUGCUCGCAGUGCCUGGUUGCGUGGCGUGGACGACGCUCCGGAGGAGGAUGACUGA